GUAGCAAGAUUAAGGAAUGAGAACUUGGGCCCAGUUUUUUCCAAGCCUAGAACGGCAGAAUAUGUUCGUAUCCUUUCUGACCUCCCAGGCAAAUUCAACGCCUUCAUGCCAGGAUGGCAGAAGAUGAACCCGAUGCUAAGAGCCCAAAGACUGCGAGAAGGGCCCCCUCAGGUAGUGCUGAGGCAGGGGAACCUACCACCCUUCUUCAGAGGCUCCGAGGUACCAUUUCUAAGGCCGUGCAGAACAAAGUAGAGGGAAUCUUGCAAGAUGUACAGAAAUUUUCAGACAAUGACAAGCUGUAUCUCUACCUUCAGCUCCCCUCAGGGCCCAGUACUGGAGACAAAAGCUCAGAGCCAAGUACACUCAGCAGUGAGGAGUGCAUGUAUGCCUAUAGGUGGAUCCGCAACCACCUAGAAGAGCAUACUGAUACCUGUCUGCCAAAGCAAAGCGUUUAUGAUGCCUAUCGGAAGUACUGUGAGAGCCUCGCUUGUUGCCGCCCACUCAGCACUGCCAACUUUGGCAAAAUCAUCAGAGAGGUCUUCCCUGACAUCAAGGCCCGAAGGCUUGGUGGCCGGGGUCAGUCCAAAUAUUGCUACAGUGGCAUACGAAGAAAGACCUUGGUAUCUAUGCCACCCUUGCCUGGCCUUGACCUAAAGGGCUCUGAGAGUCCAGAAGUGGGCACAGAAGUAACCCCAGCACCUCGGGAUGAACUGGUUGAGGCAGCCUGUGCCCUGACCUGUGACUGGGCAGAACGAAUCCUGAAACGGUCCUUCAGUUCCAUCGUUGAGGUCGCCCGCUUCCUGCUACAGCAUCAUCUCAUCUCUGCCCGAUCUACACAUCCCCAUGUGCUCAAGGCCAUGGGGCUUGCUGAAGAAGAUGAACAUGCCCCUCGGGAACGGACAUCUAAAUCUAAGAAUGGUGUAGAGAACCUAGAGAGUGGCGCCCAUAAGAAACCAGAAAAAUUGACCCAGCCUCCUCAGGAUCUGGAACCCCGAGCUGGGGCUGGUCCCCCAGCACGUGGAGAGCGGAAGAAGAGUAUAGUAGAGAGUCCAGCCCCAGCAGCCAAUAACCCGCAGGUUAAUGCCCUGAUGGCCCGGCUGCCUCCGCUCCUCCCCCGGGCCCCUCGCUCAAUUAUUCAGCAAAUCCCCGUAUCUCCUCCACCCAUCGUAUCUCCUUCACCCAUCGUGGCCUCCAAGCUUUCUUCAGGCACUCUGAAACUGACUGCGCUCCCUGUGUCCAAUAGGGUUAGGGGAUCUCAGGCAGCUGUGCCCAUCAUUAAUAUGAUCUUACCAACUGUUCCUGCUUUGCCUGGACCUGGACCAGCUCCACCUGGGGGGCUCACUCAGCCACUGGGCACAGAGAAUAGGGAGGUAGGCAUAGGUGGUGACCCAGGAUCUCAUGACAAGGGUGUCAAGAGGACAGCCGAAGUAACUGUGAGUGAGGCCAAUGGGCAGGACCCACUAGCAAAAGCAGCAAAGCAGGAUAUAGAGGAUACAGGGAUUGAUGCAAAAAGAAAACGGGGGCGCCCUAGAAAAAAAUCAGGUGGAAGUAGGGAAAGGAAUUCUGCCCCUGACAAGUCAGCAGCUGCCGUGGACUUUGCCCAGUCCUCAAAGUUACCACGGGAGACGUGGGCCUCUGGAGGGGAAAGCAACUCAGCUGGAGGGUCAGAGAGGCCAGGGCCAGUGGGAGAGACUGAGAAGAGGACGGUGCUUGCCGAAGGUCAGGAAGAUGGUGCUGUUUGUAAAGGAGGAAGGGCCCCUAGUUCCCGCCAUGCCAAAGGAGGAGAAGAUAAAAUUCCUCUUGUUACCCCAAAAGUGAGUGUCAUCAGGGGCAGUAGAAGCCAAAAGGAGGCUCUUCAUAUGGAAAAGGGAGAGGUAGACACCGUAGCACAGAGUAAUAAAGAUUUAAAGGGGCAUAUACUUCAAAGUUCUUUAUCCCAUGAGCAGAAAGACCCCAAAGCAGCACCCCCAUGAUAGGCAUGUAGAGAAGAGCGUUUAUAUCCGGAUGUGAACUCUACCUGUCUGCCUUGUAGAGCCCUUCCCUUCACUCGCUUCUCCUCUGGCUCUUCUUUUCCAAAGGGAAUUCAUGCUCUUCUGUAUAGACAGCUGAGGUACCCUGUCUUACACAAUGCCUGCUUCCUGCCUCUGACCUUUUCAGCUCAAUAACCUUGGCUUUAGAGUCACUAGUAAAUCUGUCACCUGGAUCCCUGUGCUAUCCUGUGGAAAGAUAGGGAUGGAUGAUAUGAUGAAUGUAUAGGUUAGGAAUCUUUUGGUUUUAAAUCAUAAAAAACCCAACUCGUACUGGCUUAAAAAUAAAGAUUUAUUGGCUCAUGUAACUGUAAAAUCCAGAGGUAAUGCUGGCUCCAGGUAAAGCUGACCCAGUAGUUCAGUAUGUCUCUAAAUACCUAAUUGACCCCCCCACCCCUGCUGUUCUACCCUCUAUAGGAUCAUCGGAACCCUGGGCUGCCUUGUGGCUGCCAGUACUCCUAGAAUUUACAAUGUUUCCUCAUUUAUGUCCUACCAGAAACAGGGCAUCUUUGUGUCCAAUCCUAGCAAAAACCCUGAUUCAUUCUGAUUAGGCCAGCUUGUGUCACAUAUCCACCCCUAACCAAUCCCUGUGAUCGGGGGAUGGUGUAUGCUAAGUUGCUUAUUCUACAUCUGGGACUGAACCUGUGGAAUAAGGGUAGGAUUAGCCUCCUUAGAAACUGGGAGGAGGAAGUUCCUGGGGAGGCGGCUGACACCUGCCAUGACUAUGAAGUACAUGUGGCUUUAGCAUGCUAGGCUGAGAUCAGCUUUACCUGCUUUUUCCCUCACAGCCUUGGAUUUUUCUUACUGCAGCUGUAACCUCUUCUCAUUCUGGUCUCAGAAGGAAUGAAAGGGAUGUCACUCUUCUUUAGGGACUGUCUCUUUAGUCUCAUUUAGACGACAGUACCCUCCCCUUUUUUUCACCUAUGACUCAGAGAUGGAGCUCCUCUUUUUACUGUUUCUGAAUUUUAGUUUCUCCUCAUUUCUGCUUUCCUGUCUCCCACCCUACUGCCACUAUCACUAAAUAGAGAUUCACUUCUAAUCAUUUUAUUAAAUUCAUUCUGUAUCCACCAGGUGUCAGUCUCUUGGCAUACAUGUUCAGGACUAGCCAGGAUUAUGGGGUUUAGGCUAGCUAUAUGGAAGGAGGUAGUUCUGCAUAUCAGGGAGCACCAAUAGGAAGGGAAUCCAGACCCUCUAGGUGGGUCAUUGGGAAAAGCAGUAAACUAAUAUUUAUCAAGGACCUACUUUAUCUUCUGCGUAGGGUAGCUUCUGUCAGGGAAACUUGGUUCUUCCCAAGAAAUAGAUUUUCUUUCAGGGAAACUUCAUUUGUUCAUUUAUUUCCACCAUAGCAGAUUUUUUAAAAUUAUAAUAUGUAAUAUUUGAUAUCUAUAAAAAUAUAUUUAACAUGAAUAAAUUAUGAAGCAUAAUUAAAUGACUACCUAUGACCCAUCACCCAACUUAUACAUUAAAACAUUUAAAAUAUCAUUGACUUUCUUGUGUUCCUCCCCGUCCUAGCCCCUGCCUCUCGCUAGAGGUAACUACUAUCCUUAAUUUCAUGUUUAUUAAUUACCUAUUAUAUAUAUAUAUGUAUAUGUCCUUUAAAAAUGUAUCAUUUUGCUUUUAGCUUUAUGAAAAUUUUAUACUCCAGUAAGUAUCCUACAGUAGUUUGCUUUUUUCACUUAACAUUAUUUCUAAGGUUCAUCCAUAUUGUAGAAAGCUAUGAUUCGUUCAUUUUCCUCUGUAUAAUAUUCCGUCAAGUACAUAAACCACAAGUUAUUUAUCCAUUAUCAGUGGACUUUGGGUUAUCUUUUGCUAUUACAAACAAUGCUGCUAUGAACAUUCUUGUACAUGUUAGUGCCUUUGUUUUUAGCAAGAUUUCUGAAAAGCUUUCUAAAAUGGUUCUUUUGGUCUGUAUAUCCUGAGUUGGGGACUGUUUCCUCCUCUCUUAUUCUCUGGAAGAGUUUAUAUCAGAUUGAAAUGAACCGUUCCCUGAAAGUGGUAAAACUCACCUGUUAAGCCAUUUGAGCCUGGCAUUUCCUUGUGAGAAAAAUUUUAACUUUUUUAAACUAUUGAUUCAAUCUCUUUAUUUAAUAAUUACAGGCUAUUUGAGCUAUUUCUUUUUGAGUAAAUUUAGGUAAAGUGUUUCUCUAAGAUUUUGUGCAUUUUAUGUCUUUUUUAAAAUGAAGUUUGUUGGUGUUUUUUUUUUGCUCUGCUCUGUGUAGUCAUGUCCUCUUUUUUAUUUCUACUGCUUGUGCUUUCUUUUUUUUCCUUUGCUCAGUUGCACGAGAAAUUUGUUAUCUAUCUUUAGUUACUACUUUGGGCUUUGUUGAUUCUCUCUUAUGUAUCUGUUUUCCAUUUCAUUAUGGACCUUAUCUAUAGUAUUACCUUUUUUCUGGUUUCUUAGAUUUAAUUUUAUGUUCUUUUAUAACAUUUUAAUUUUGACACUUAUCUAAUUAAUUUUCAGGCUGUCUUUUUUUCUUGUGUAAGUUUUUAAGGACCUGCUUCUCUACAUUCCCCAAGUUUUUCUGUUGUAAAGUACUUUAAUUGUUAUUUAGUUCUAAGAAUAUUUAAAUUACUUUAUGACUUUUUUGAUUCAUGAAUUAUUUCAAAAAGUUUUAUAAUUUCCAAGUGUCUGGACAUUUAAAAUUUUAUCUUUUUGAUAUUUUCAGCUUAAUCGCUUGUGCUCAGAGAAUGUGGUCUCUGUGAUACCAGUUCUUUGCAAUUAGUUGGGAUUGUUAUUUUAUAUUCUGUAACUUAUCUUGGAUGUCUAAAUCUGUUUUGUUUUGCCUGUGUUA